AUGACGCCAACAACCAACAGCCUGACAUCUGCCGAAUCGAUGACCGCAACUAGCGCACCGGCAUCCGAGCAUCAAGGUGUACACUUCAUUCUUGAGCCACAAGGGUCGAGGGAUGUUGAGGUGGGCGGAGAAGAACUGGCGAGACGGACUUGUUCCGGCAGUAUCCAGCAGUUCAUGCGUUCGUGGAAAACUGCGAUACGGCCAUGGUCUCAGUUUUUUAGCGUCUCACAGAUGAGCUUACCACCAUGCACAGAUGGCUACGUAUCACGACUGAAAAAGAAUCUGGUUCAUUUUGUGGGUAACUAUUUCGCAAUUGCCACCAUUCUACUGUUAUGCAGUAUCAUAACAUCGUUUUGGUUGUUGGUUUCGUCAAUAAUACUGUGUAUACUGUUGUUCAUGAUUCGAGCAAGAACGAUGAAAGGUCCCAUCAAAGUUGGUGAUGAAGAGAUACCAUCGUGGAUUCUGUACGCAGGAGCGAUUUUCAUUACAUUGCCGUUGUUUAUUUUUGCACACGUUGGUUAUAUAGUAUAUUGUGCCAUCGGUGCGAGCAUUGUGUUAAUUCUUUUACAUGCAACAUUCUACGAGAACGAGUCACCAAAGAAGAAUGAAAUAAAUAUUGAAUCAGGCCAGUCAGAAAUGACUGAAUCAGCACAAGUGACCGCUGCUGCUGCUGCUGAGACUGAACAAUUGACGACUACUACAGAUAGGCCAAUCAUUCGCGUCACUGAUGAGCAGUCGAAAACACGAGUUCAUUUUGAUGACAGAAGAACUUAA